UCCAGUGCCGGAGCUGGGUAGAAAAUGUGCGACCGUAUUGGCGGGGCUUCACGUGAGGGUUCCGUACUAAGUGGGGUACCUCAGUAGGCUCGCGCUGUGAUCCGGUUCUGCUCGUUUGCCGAUUUGUUCUGUCCUGCACCCGGUGAGGAAGACUGGGAAAUACGGGACUGGCGCGGAGCCUCGGCGCCCGCACCUGCGGGAGGCCGUGCGCUCUCUCCAACAGGGGGCGCUGCAGAAGGGCGCUGCGUCGUUCUCUCUAUCCCUCUCUCCAUCGCGUUCCCAUCGAUCUAUGGUAGGCGGUCUGCUGCCGCUGUCGCCGCAUGCAAUCUCCGUGCCGCCGGCGCCAUGGUGAAGGAGCAGUUCCGCGAGAGCGAUGUGGCCAAGAAAAUAAGCCACAUCUGCUUCGGGAUGAAAUCCCCAGAGGAGAUGCGGCAGCAGGCCCACAUCCAGGUGGUCAGCAAGAACCUGUACAGCCAGGACAACCACCACGCCCCGCUGCAGUACGGCGUGCUCGACCACCGCAUGGGAACAAGUGAAAAAGAUCGUCCCUGUGAAACCUGUGGAAAAAACCUGGCUGACUGUUUGGGACAUUAUGGGUACAUUGACUUGGAACUGCCGUGUUUUCACGUUGGAUACUUCAAAGCUGUGAUUGGCAUCUUGCAGAUGAUCUGCAAAACCUGUUGCUGUAUCAUGCUGUCAGUAGAAGAAAAAAAACAGUUUUUGGAUUACUUGAAGCGGCCAGGCCUUACAUAUCUUCAGAAGAGGGGGCUGAAAAAGAAGGUGUCUGAAAAGUGCCGGAAGAAAAACACUUGUCCUUACUGUGGUGCCUUUAAUGGAACUGUGAAGAAGUGUGGUUUACUGAAAAUAAUACAUGAAAAGUAUAAAACCAAUAAGAAAGUUGUAGAUCCAAUAGUAUCCACUUUCUUGCAGUCCUUUGAAACUGCCAUAGAACAUAACAAAGAAGUAGAGCCCUUACUGGGAAGAGCUCAGGAAAAUUUGAAUCCAUUAGUAGUAUUGAACCUCUUUAAAAGAAUCCCAGCGGAAGAUAUCCCUCUGCUUCUAAUGAACCCAGAAGCAGGUAAGCCUUCAGAUUUGAUCCUCACAAGACUUCUAGUGCCUCCACUGUGUAUCAGACCCUCUGUUGUGAGUGACUUGAAGUCUGGCACCAACGAAGAUGACUUGACAAUGAAACUGACAGAGAUCAUUUUCCUCAAUGAUGUAAUAAAAAAGCACAGGAUAUCAGGAGCUAAAACACAGAUGAUUAUGGAAGAUUGGGACUUCCUUCAAUUGCAGUGUGCCCUUUACAUCAACAGUGAGCUUUCUGGAAUUCCUUUGAACAUGGCACCUAAAAAAUGGACCAGAGGCUUUGUCCAGAGACUUAAGGGAAAGCAAGGUCGGUUUAGGGGGAAUCUGUCUGGAAAGCGAGUGGAUUUCUCUGGCAGAACGGUUAUUUCCCCCGAUCCUAACUUAAGAAUAGAUGAAGUAGCAGUGCCUAUUCAUGUUGCUAAAAUACUGACUUUUCCUGAAAAGGUAAACAAAGCAAAUAUUAAUUUUAUGAGGAAACUUGUCCGAAAUGGUCCUGAUAUUCAUCCUGGAGCCAACUUCAUUCAGCAAAGGCACACACAGAUGAAAAGAUUCUUGAAAUAUGGAAACCGAGAAAAGAUGGCACAGGAGCUGAAAUUUGGUGACAUUGUGGAACGGCAUCUUAUAGAUGGUGAUAUUGUCCUGUUCAACCGACAGCCCUCUCUUCAUAAGCUGAGCAUUAUGGCUCACAUUGCUAGAGUAAAACCCCAUAGGACAUUCAGAUUUAAUGAAUGUGUCUGUACACCAUACAAUGCAGACUUUGAUGGAGAUGAGAUGAACCUUCACCUUCCUCAGACAGAAGAAGCAAAAGCAGAAGCACUUGUUUUAAUGGGGACUAAAGCAAACUUGGUAACACCAAGGAAUGGAGAACCUCUAAUUGCUGCUAUUCAAGAUUUCUUAACAGGUGCCUAUCUUCUUACACUAAAAGAUACUUUCUUUGAUCGAGCAAAAGCCUGUCAAAUCAUUGCUUCUAUUCUGGUUGGCAAGGAUGAAAAAAUUAAAGUUCGUCUUCCUCCCCCAGCAAUUCUGAAGCCUGUAACACUCUGGACGGGAAAGCAGGUUUUCAGCCUCAUUCUCAAGCCCAGUGAUGACUGUCCUGUAAAAGCCAAUCUGCGAACCAAGGGCAAGCAGUAUUGUGGCAAAGGGGAAGAUCUGUGUUACAAUGAUUCUUAUGUCACAAUUCAGAACAGUGAGUUAAUGAGUGGCAGUAUGGACAAAGGAACCCUAGGUUCUGGAUCAAAAAAUAAUAUCUUCUACAUUUUGCUGAGAGACUGGGGACAAGUGGAAGCUGCAGAUGCCAUGUCAAGGCUAGCCAGACUUGCUCCUGUCUAUCUUUCUAAUCGUGGCUUUUCAAUUGGAAUUGGUGACGUUACCCCAGGUCAAGGCCUGUUAAAAGCUAAGUAUGAGCUGCUGCAUGCUGGUUAUAAGAAAUGUGAUGAAUAUAUUGAAGCACUGAACACUGGCAAGCUACAGCAGCAGCCUGGUUGUACUGCAGAAGAGACGCUAGAGGCUUUAAUACUUAAAGAACUCUCUGUUAUCAGAGAUCAUGCUGGCAGUGCCUGUCUCAGAGAACUGGACAAGAGCAACAGUCCCCUUAUUAUGGCUCUUUGUGGUUCUAAAGGCUCCUUCAUUAAUAUAUCCCAGAUGAUUGCAUGUGUAGGUCAGCAGGCUAUCAGUGGGUCCAGAGUUCCUGAUGGAUUUGAGAAUAGGUCUUUGCCUCAUUUUGAGAAGCAUUCUAAGCUUCCAGCAGCGAAAGGCUUUGUUGCUAACAGCUUCUAUUCUGGAUUGACUCCCACUGAAUUUUUUUUUCACACUAUGGCUGGUCGAGAAGGUCUGGUUGACACUGCUGUAAAAACAGCUGAAACUGGAUACAUGCAGAGGCGGCUGGUAAAGUCCCUUGAAGAUCUCUGUUCACAGUAUGAUUUGACAGUCAGAAGUUCUACUGGUGACAUUAUUCAAUUUAUUUAUGGAGGAGAUGGCUUGGAUCCUGCAGCAAUGGAAGGGAAGGAUGAACCACUGGAAUUUAAGCGAGUUCUAGACAAUAUCAGAGCUGUAUAUCCAUGCCGAAGUGAACCAGCCCUUAGUAAAAAUGAACUGGUGUCAAUAUCUGAAUCUAUCAUGAAGAAGAAUGAAUUUCUUUGCUGCCGAGACAGCUUUCUGCAGACAUUAACUGAAACAGGUUAUGAAAAAUAUAAUGAGGAAAUAAAAAAAUUCAUCAAAGGUGUUUCUGAGAAGAUUAAAAAAACUAGGGACAAGUAUGGUAUCAAUGACAAUGGCACGACUGAGCCACGGGUUUUAUAUCAGUUGGACAGAAUUACUCCAACGCAACUGGAGAAGUUUCUAGAGACAUGUAGGGACAAAUACAUGAGGGCACAGAUGGAGCCUGGUUCUGCAGUAGGAGCUCUUUGUGCACAGAGCAUCGGUGAGCCUGGCACACAGAUGACUCUGAAGACUUUCCAUUUUGCUGGGGUUGCUUCAAUGAACAUUACUCUGGGUGUGCCAAGAAUCAAGGAAAUUAUUAAUGCUUCAAAAGCAAUUAGCACACCUAUUAUAACAGCACAGUUGGACACAGAUGAUGAUCCUGAUUUUGCCCGCCUGGUUAAAGGAAGAAUUGAGAAGACUUUGUUAGGAGAGAUAUCAGAAUAUAUUGAAGAAGUGUUUCUUCCAGAUGACUGUUUCAUCCUAGUGAAGCUGUCUUUGGAGCGCAUUAGACUACUGAGAUUAGAGGUGAAUGCGGAGACUGUGCGCUACUCAAUUUGCAUAUCUAAACUCAGAGUGAAGCCUGGAGAUGUUGCUGUCCAUGGAGAAGCAGUUGUAUGUGUGACGCCUCGUGAAAAUAGCAAGAGUUCAAUGUAUUAUGUGUUGCAGUCCCUGAAAGAAGAACUACCAAAGGUUGUAGUGCAGGGUAUACCAGAGGUUUCCCGUGCUGUCAUCCAUAUUGAUGAACAAAGUGGUAAGGAAAAGUACAAACUUCUAGUUGAAGGUGAUAACCUGCGAGCUGUUAUGGCUACUCAUGGAGUGAAAGGAACAAAAACAUCCUCUAACAACACUUAUGAGGUAGAGAAAACACUUGGAAUUGAAGCUGCUCGAACCACCAUUAUCAAUGAGAUUCAAUAUACAAUGGUGAACCAUGGUAUGAGCAUUGACAGGAGGCAUGUUAUGUUGCUGUCUGAUCUUAUGACUUACAAGGGUGAAGUGCUGGGUAUUACCAGGUUUGGACUGGCAAAAAUGAAGGAAAGUGUGUUAAUGCUGGCUUCUUUUGAAAAGACUGCAGACCAUCUCUUUGAUGCUGCCUACUUUGGACAGAAGGACUCUGUUUGUGGUGUUUCUGAGUGCAUCAUCAUGGGAAUCCCAAUGAAUAUUGGAACAGGACUUUUUAAGCUUUUGCACAAAGCAGACAAAGAAUCAACCCCUCCUAGGAGGCCUCUGGUAUUUGAUAAUAAUGAGUUUCAUAUCCCCAUUGUUACAUAACAUUUAGGCAUAAUAGAAGGUAGGGGGGGGGAAAAAAAAGAGGGAUCUUAAUGAAUGUGUAUUAUCAGUUCUGUGUGUUUCAAUAACUGAGUUGGUAAGUGAAAUACUAGCAGAAGAAUUGCCUAAUUAUUUAACAUCUGUUACUUGUACGGUCUCUUAAAAGGAGAAAUUUCUCUGUACCAGAGAGUGGAAAUAGAUGUAAAGUGUACUUCAGUUGAUGGUUUUCUUCGUGUGCUAGCAUUUUCCAUGGUACAAAUAAUAAAAAUAGAAACAUGCUUUGGAAUGAUUCGAAGUUAUUAGUACCUUCUGGGAAUUACUUCCCAGGCUAGUUGCUCCUAUACAAACCAGCAUCAAAGUUUUUCUUCACUGUCACAAGAAAAGUUCUGAGUUUUUGGCAUGCAGUUCUUGCUGCCUAUAAAGUAAAAAUAGUGCUUAGAAUAUAAUGUACAUGUUACAAUAUCUGAGGCAGUUGUUUGUUUGUUUGUUUUUUUUUUGGGUUUUUUAAGAAAUGAUUUGUAUCUAGAUAACUGAAACUGAUGAGAAAUAAUUCCCUUCGGGUGCUCUUGCGGCAGGGCUGAACAAACAUUGAAAAGCAUGUCAAAACAUGGUGUUGGAGGAAAGGAAGUGCUGUACUUGGAAGUAUGUGCUCUGUGUGGGUGGAUCUCAAGUGUCAAAGCUACUGUUGCCUUGCUUUGUGGUUCUGUAGGCAGUACAAACUUCUUGUAAGCGAGUAGUAUAGCUAAAACCUCAUAGUAAAGCUACAUGUGUUUGGGAAAAUAGCUCCACAACUUGCUCAUUAUUUCCUGAGAGCUAGGUUAUUCUGGAGGCUGAAGGAAAUUGUGAGCAACUGAUGACUGUGAGAAAAGUAUACUUUAUGAAACUGUAAUAUUGGCUACAAACAGAAGUGAAGAGUAAUUAUAUUUAAGUAUUUGUUAAAAUUUGUGCAAUAUAAUAGCUUGCUUUAUGUAUAGAUGUUUUCAUUACUGUUAACAAGUUAAAGUUGUUCUUAACUCAGUACUGGACAGAUAUAUUCAGAUUUGAUUAAAAAAAAUACCUGCUGAAGUAUUCUGGAAGCUUGCACACUGCGUAUUUGGAAAUGUCAUCUUAACAAGCAGAAGAGAUCAUUCUAUAGUUCCUAAGGAGUGAGACUUGAAGAAAACUAGAAUCAUGUUGUCGAUUUCCCCUAUUCUGUGUUAACUUAAGAAGUGGUGUCAAAAGCAUCUGAAAUAUUUGUUCUUAGCUUGUUGUUUUUUCUUUCUCUAUUUUUCCUUUAUCCAAAGUUGUUAUCCAGGAAAUGGUGUUUUCCUCCCCAGGAUUGUGCUUUAGGACAUAACUAUAAGAAGUGGCAGAUUAUAAAACAGUUGCUAAAUUCUGCAAAGAUGAUUAUAAGAACAUGAUGAACCAAAAAUAGUCUUUCAUAAUAUAGCACUUGUUGUUACACUGCUAGAAUCUGCAACUUAAAGCAGUCUUUGUUUUGGAAGUUUUAUAAGUGAGUGGGGUUGUCUGAACAACUCAAUCCCAUUUUGAUACAUAAAGCAGAAAUACAAACGAAGCUGCUUUCAAGUGUGGACAUGAGUCAUUUGAAAGUGUUUUAAUCUUUAGCUUAUUAGACUGGUUUUCAGAGUUGAAUACACAUUGUAAGUUAUUUCAGUUGUAGCAUGUUUAAACUUCAUUUCUGUGGACAGAAACUGUCUUGGUUCUUUUUCUUGUCGGCAGUACUUGGAUGAGGAGUGCACUUAUAACAUCAGUCAAGAAAAGCAAAGUAGAGAGAGGAACUCAAGUUGUACACUCUUAAAGUAAGACAAGGUGGCUAAAUGAUCUAGCAUUUAAAAAGCAUUUAAAAGGAAUGAGUCUGUGCUGCAGACAUGGCACCAAAGGAGAAGUGUAAUGCUACUUAACCAGAAUGUAAAACCUGUUGUUUUAAAUUGUUUAAAUUGUUUUAAAUUCCUCUGUUCUUAGGGUGUUUUUUUUUUUUUUUAAUUCAUCAAAUUGUGCAGAGAAGACCCAAUGUGAAAUUCAGUGUUGCUGUUCUCAAACGUUUUUGUACUUUUUAUGUAGUACUGAAAUAUUCUUCUGUAUAGAUUUUGGCGGGGUAAAGAUUUGGAAUGUAAUGCAUUUGGUACCUGCUCUGAAAGCCAUGUGUAUUUUGCUGUUUUAACAGCUAAGAAUUCAAAAUAAAAUUCUUUGAUCUCAGUGAGAUUGCCUUUUAACAAUUUGUCUGUGUAGAUUCUAUUUCUUUUUUUUUGCAUGUGUAGGAGAAUAGGACAGGUAGGGACCAAAAGGAGAGCAAGCCAGUAAAGCUUUCCUUUGGAUGAGUACCUAAUUUUGUCAUGGGAAACUGUCAUGAAAGAGCUUGGCAUUUUUAUGAGAUUCUUCUGCAAUUUUAAUUGUGUGAAGUUUGUAUUGGUAUGAGUGGCCACCUAGUUUUCGUCUGUAAAUAUGAUGAAAAGAAGCUAUUGAAAUGGUGGCUUUACUCUUUUGUAUGUCUUAAGUAUUCAGUAAAUUACAUUUGUUAUCAUGGCCUAUAGUAUGACAAUAAAAAGAGGCAGAGAUUAUAA